CAAGACCCAACUUACCAACCAUACUCUAUGGUGGAAGGGAAUACAGAAAUGGUUCUAGUGUGGGACCAUUUAUCGAAGGGACCAUUGUUACGUUUCACUGUACAACAAUCGGUGGGAAACCGAUACCCGAAGUGUCAUGGUGGAAAAAAGAAGAGAAUUUACCUGAAGAAAGUACUUUGUCAGAGAAUGAAAUGGGUAUAAACAAUGUUACGUCGAGAGUCAAGUUCCAGCUGAUGAGAGAAGAUUUAGGUGCAGUGCUUGAAUGCAGAGUUGAAAAUGACGCUACUGAAACUCCAUUAGUUGCGUGGAUUCGACUAGAUCUUGAUGUUAAACCGUUCGCUUUGGAACUAGAAGAGCAGCCAGUACCGGUUAUUGAAGGGGAACACGCAGAAUUAAUUUGUAUCGUUGAUGGAGCCAAACCUCCAGCUUCUGUGAAGUGGUAUAAUGGUAGCGAAAUAGUAGCAAUGAGUUCCAGCAUUCAAGAGGAGGGUUUAGAUGAUGGUACAUUCCGCACGAUAAGUCGCUUAAUAUUACCUCUCUCAAGAUAUGAUCAUCUAAAAACAAUAAUCUGUAAGGCGAGUAAUCCCGUGAUGAGUGCAUCUGGAGAUCAGCCUCUAGAAGAUACUGUCAGGUUACAAGUUCUAUAUUCUCCUUCAGUUAUAGUCGGGCCAUCUGCGAGAUUAACAGUGAAUGAAACGGGAUCAGCUAUUAUUAAUUGCACCUUUGAUGCCAAUCCUCCUAAUGCAACCGAAGUAAUUUGGUACAGAAACAAUACUGAAAUAAAUAUAAAUACUACUAGUCGUUAUAAAUUCAAUAAUUUCGGUAUACCGUCAUUAAUCAUAAAUUUCAUAUCAAGAAAUGAUGCUGGAAUGUAUAGCUGCGCUGUAAAUAAUAGUAUAGGAAGAAAUAAGGCUUUAGAGCCAAUGUACAUGAAUGUAAUAUAUCGGCCAACUGUCAGAGCAAGAAUAUCUCCCACCCAAGUCCCCGAAGACAAAGUGAGCAAUGUUAAUAUACAAUGUGACAUUAUCGAUGGAAAUCCGGCGAAUUUACUUCUAGUAAGAUGGUACAAAGAUAACAAAUUAAUGAACGAAGCAACAUCUAAAGAAAUCAGAUGGUUAAAUGUGACCAGAAAAUUAACGGGGAACUACAGUUGCCAGGGGCAAAAUGAAGCUGGUUGGGGAAAUAUUUCAGAACCUGUACAAUUUGUCGUUAAUUAUCUUCCAGGAAAAGCAAAAUUACAUCAUCUUGACCGGCCUGCUGUGAAAGGAAAACAUACAACGUUAAGCUGUGAAGUAGAUGACCUGGGAAGUCCUGAAGCUACAGCCUUCCACUGGGAAUACAAUGGGAAAGUUCUAUUGGUCACUACAGCCAACUAUACCAUUGACCGUGUAUCACUCAAUAGUCGAGGUAACUAUAGCUGUGCAGCAAAAAAUACUCUCGGCAUUGGACAGCAAGAAUACUACAUACUCCAUCCAAAAGCUCCUCCAGUUUUCAUAGAAAGGCCUCCGAGUGAAUAUGGUGCAUCUCAGAACGAUUCUUCAAUCAGUAUAUCUUGUAGAGUUGAAUGUUUUCCAAUGUGUAAAAUAGAAUGGUUAAAAAAUGGUGCUAGUUUAAAAGAUUCAAAGAUGUACAUCAUCAAAUCAACAGAACAUCCAGAGGAAGUUGAAAAGAAUACAUUUCCAUCAAUGGUUAGUACUUUAACAUGGAAUUUGGCAGCUUGGCCUGGUGGAGUACUCGAUAGAGAACUGGACAAUGCUUAUUACACUUGCACGAGUAGUGGCAAUGAUGUUGGACACGGAGUCAGCACAGCUACCUAUUUUAGAGUUGAAUUUCCUCCGGAAAACAUAACACUUUCAAAUUAUGAAUUAAGUGUUGUAGAAGGACACGUAUAUGCAAAAGUUCAUUGUUCUGCACAUUCAUGGCCUCCUAGCACUUAUCUCUGGAAAGUCAGGGAAACGGUAAUUGCAGAUACAGCUACUUUGGUAAUAAACUAUACAAUACCACGUGAUAAUACAGGCAUCUAUAUUUGCAUAGCGAGCAAUCGUCGUGGAAAUAUCACUGCUGAUCUAACUGUAAACGUACUUUAUAAACCCGAUUGUAUUUUAUCAGAAAGAAUCAGUGACGAAGGAAGACCAAUUUUUACAUGUGAAGCUGUUGCAAAUCCUGAUAUUGUUAAUUUCACGUGGUUUCGACAAAACGAAACCCUUCAUGAACAUAUUGUUUCUCGUGGAACCAAAAGUGUUUUAACUUUACCAGCAAAUAAACCCGAAUACGAUGGAGAUUAUUAUUGUAAAGUGAACAAUUCUGUUGGAGAAUCUGAUCUGUGCCAUGUACUUAUACAAACAACUUUAGAGCCUCAAGGUUGGAUGCCCCAACUCACAGAAGAGAACGUCAUCUUGAUAGCCGGUGUGGCAUCAGCCAUUGUGAUCAUUACUAUCAUAGUAGCUGCGGUUAUGGUUCUAAGGAACAGGAGAACUCACAGUGAGUAUGACUGCCGGGUGGGUGAAAAGGUUGAGCCUCAAGGUUGGAUGCCCCAACUCACAGAAGAGAACGUCAUCUUGAUAGCCGGUGUGGCAUCAGCCAUUGUGAUCAUUACUAUCAUAGUAGCUGCGGUUAUGGUUCUAAGGAACAGGAGAACUCACAAAAAUCCAAUUUCAAACUUUAGUCCAGAAGGACGUGUGCAGCCAUCGGAAUCCAUCCCUGUCAACAAAACAGCUCUGUCAAUAAAACCAUCAGUAGUCACAUUCAGACGUGUACCUGAUUUCGCAGUUCCUAAAUCAGAAAGAAGAGAUGUAAAUAAUCCUACAAAAGGUAAGGCAGGAGGAAGUAAGCCUGUUUAUCAAAAUGUUACAACAGGAAAAAAAGAUUCAUCGGAAAGCACAGCCAAGUAUGAAAACAUGACAUUUCAUCAAAAAGAUCCGAGAAGGCCCAAAACCCCCAUUCCCAGUGUGAGAAUGAGAACUGCCUUACCUGUCAGCCACGUAUAUGAGAAUAUAUCUCGCUUGAAGCACAGCAGGCCACUUUCUAGUGGAGCUACCGUCGUCACUCUCGGUGGGGAUCAACAAACAACUAGAAGCCUCGAAAAAACAUCAUCUAACCACGUCCAGAAAUCACUACCGUCUCUCAGAUCUCAGCAUGGGGACGAAUCUCUAAUACUGAUCAAUGAUAACGAUAUUGGUUCUACUCCUUUGAAAGAUAAAGAAAAUAAUAAUAUAAAAGUGGAAUACACUUUAUCUUCGCAGGCAAAAAUGAAGACUAAUCCAGAAGGUGUUGUAUAUGCGGAUCUGAUGUUACCUAAUCAUGGACGGAGUUUGGUCGGAAGGAAAGGAUCAUGCACAGAAUACGCCACUUUGAAGUUCGAAAAAGAAGAGAAUGGAACUCCUGAGUCACUCCAAUCUCGACGACAAUAACGACGCUGAUUCUGACGAUAGAUGGAGCGAGCGGUCAACACCACCGCUGCUUCCUCGAGGGAUAACUCUGCCUGUGCCUCCAAGACCCCAGACAAAGGCUCCAUCUCGUGACAAAACGAGGAACUGAUCAGCCCCGUAUCUAUGGCGUUAAAUAGAGGUGGCUGUUGGCUAGCUUUGUACCGGGAGUAUCGACCAGAAGGUGUGAAUGUCCGUCCUGUACUGUAGCUGACAGCUCAAAUGACCUAUAUAAAUAUAUAAAAAUUAUAUAUAUAAAUAUAUAUACACACACAACAAACUGCAAAUGCAGUAUUUGCACUGCUGUUCCAUAUCAGUGUUUGUGUGCGGGGACAAUUUUUAUGGAGCAAUGUCGCUACAGCUGUGAUGUUUUAUUUUGUUCUAUUUUGUUUUGUAAUUUUAAAAAAAGUCGGGAUGAUCGGUUACAUCCCUGUUACGGAUCGCUCGUCAGAUUCCCUCCUCAUUCAGCUCCCUUCGACCCUCUCUCUACAGUUACCGAAAUGUUUGUACUUUAUUGAAUAACAGCUGUCAGAUUGAUCUAUGGGUUGUUAGAAUUCAUGACAUGUGAGAGCUAAAGAAAUAAUAAACAUUUAUAAAGAAAUUUGCUGUGUCUAUUCUCUAUCGCUCCUUUUGUUCCUGAAGAGAGACCAUGUGCAAAGUUUCUCUUUAUGUUCACUCGAUAAUUUUGUUUUUACUCCAACAAUAAAUGGUUUAACUAUUCAUUAAGCUGAGAAACUUUUAUUAUCUCUUAAAGCAACCGACGAAGAAAUUACAGUAUUGUUCCCUCAUGAGGGUUAUCAACUAGCUACGGUUCUACAAACAUGACAAAAUUCGAAAUUAAAAAUAUUUUAAUGUUUGAAUAAAAUAUAUAAUUUCUGUCGCUGAAUUUUUGAAGUAUUAUGUUAAAAAAUUUUAUCAUAAUUAAAACGAAAGAAUAAAAGGAAAAAAA